UCACAACAAAAAUUCAUCAGUCAAUCUGUGAUCGCCGUGCGUGGAACUCGCGCGCGGAACGUUCAAGGAAUUUCGUCGUUUAUAUACAAAGUUUAUAACAAAAAUUCACAAUGUCGGACCACGCACACGCCAAAAUUGAAGAUAACCCAAAGAUUAUGUCGGGGCCGGUGCUGACCAACUCCCCAAACGCUGUCCUCUCCAAGACCCUGCUUGGGAGAUACAAUGAUCUCCCUCUACCGGCCGAUAAGAUCCUCGCUACGUACAUAUGGAUUGAUGGUACAGGCGAGCACCUGAGGUGCAAGGACCGCACGCUCAACUUCAUACCUAAAUCCCCUAAAGAUCUGCCAGUAUGGAACUUCGACGGUAGCUCGACAGGUCAGGCUGACGGUCACAACUCGGAUACAUUCCUCGUCGCCCGUGCCAUGUACAAGGACCCAUUCCGUCGCGGCAACCAUAUACUAGUUAUGUGCGACACCUACAAAUACAACAUGGAACCCACAGACACCAACAACAGAGUAAAAUGCCAAGAAGCAUCGGACAAAUGCAAGGACGAUGAACCCUGGUUUGGUAUCGAACAGGAGUACAUUCUUCUGGACGCAGAUCUGAGGCCCUUCGGCUGGCCCCCAGGCGGUUGCCCCCCUCCCCAGGGACCGUACUACUGCGGUGUUGGCGCGAACAAGGUUUUCGCUAGGGAUCUCGUGGAAGCACAUUACAGGUGCUGCCUCUUCGCCGGCGUCCCAAUCUCGGGCACCAACGCCGAGGUGAUGCCUUCCCAGUGGGAGUUCCAAGUGGGACCUUCAGUGGGGGUGACCGCGGGUGACGACCUCUGGGUCGCCAGAUACAUCCUCCACAGGCUAGCGGAGGAGUUCGGAGUCAUUGUGACAUUCGACCCCAAACCAGUCCAGGACUGGAACGGAUCGGGCGCGCAUACCAACUUCUCCACAAAGAAGAUGAGGGAAGACAACGGUAUUAUUGAGAUCGAGAAGGCCAUUGACAAACUGUCGAAGGUCCACAUGAAGCACAUCAAGGUAUACGACCCGCGCGGGGGGAAGGACAACGAACGCCGGCUCACAGGCCUCCACGAGACCGCCAGUAUUAACGACUUUAGCGCAGGAGUCGCCAACCGCGGCAGCAGUAUCCGGAUCCCGCGCGGCGUGGCCGAGGACAAGAAGGGCUACCUGGAGGACCGUCGGCCGGCGUCCAACUGCGACCCGUACUCUGUCAUCAACGCACUCAUGCGCACCUGCAUCCUCAACGAAUAACAACGUGUCAUCCGCGACAUGUCAUGUGUCAGAUAGCGUCUGUAACGCGUUCGGUCAAACGAGAAUACGAUCUGACAGAUGUCGUUUCGAGAGCUGUCGCCUCUAUUUGACAGCUGUCGCCUAUAUUUGGCAGCUGUCGCCUCUAUCUGACUGCUGUCGCCUUUUGUUUGACAGCUGUCAUUAAUUUUUGACCAAACGCGCUAGCGAUAGAAUAUAAUCCGGUCAAUAAAUAAAAAAAAAAACUUUAAGUGAUAUCUAUCCAUAAUUGUAAUGUUUUAACCGGAUUAAAAUAAUAUUAUAGUAAGAAGUACAAUAGAAAUGCCUGUUUAUAAGCUAGUGGCCUUUUUUAGGGAUAGGAUAUUACUUAUAUAGAAUUUUACACGGUAGCCGAAACGGCGUUUCGCUGUUGCAUUGUAAUAAACGCAUAAAAUGUUUACACACUAGACAGAACGCACACUGUACGGCGUACGGUACGCAUUUAUAAAACGAUUUUGUAUUUAGAAUAGAUGAAUUCGAAUUGUUUUUUUUUAAUUUUUAGAGAGGAAUUGAGAAUGGUUCCAUGCGACGCGACACAUGACGUUACAAUGGACCACGAGAUAUUAUACAUAGAUAGUAAUAUAUUACGAAUAAUAUGUGAUAAUGAAUAUUAUUGUUAUUUCCAUGUUUAAAUUAAGUGUAUACACGAUGAGCACAUAUCAUUAUUUUUACCAACUCUUUAUUGAUACUAGAUAAUAACGGUUUAUAAUAGAAGUAGUAUUGUCAAUUUUGACGCCAUAUACCUACCUAUCUACUAACGGGACUUAUCGACUAACAUUUUUAUAUAUACUUACCACAUGAAAUUAAGUUGCACUAAAGUGUAUAUCUAGCCAGAGUACAUGUAGCACGAAUAUAUUUGAUGUUAUGUUAAAUUUAAUUAUUAAUUAUUAUAGAUAUAACCAUUUGGCUAGCAUGCGAUAUUUGAUAAUAUACUAUUUAGUUAUGUUAUGGAAAUAAAAAAAGUAUAAAAUAAAUCUUACUGUUUUAAA